UUUACAGGCGGAGAGAGAGAAGGGGAGGGGAAGCGGGGGAAGCCGCGCCGCAGUCUCUCUCGCAGCGGCAGAAGCUGCUGCCCUGCCCCUGCUGCGGCCGUCGCGUGCAGCGUGCGCCCGCCCCCCCUUCUCUUUUGCUCGCCUCUGCCGCCUGCCCGCCUGCCUCCGCUUCCUUUCCUCCCCCACCCGCCCCGAGGAAAAACCAUUUUUAAAAAUCACUCCCACCUCGCCUCGCCCGCUGCGACAGCGCAUACGGCCCCCCUCCCCGCUGCUGCGUACACCGUAUGUAUCUACGGUGACGGCGGGGGGCGCCAGUGCGGGAGCGGGCGGAGCCAGGGUUUCGUCUCCGGCGGCGGCAGCGGCGGGGGCGGCGGAUCUGGGAGGGAUGGGGAACCGGAUAGGCGGGAGGCGGAAGGCGGGGGUGGAGGAGCGGUUCACGCGCCCGCAAGGGCUCUACGAGCACAGGGACAUCGACCAGAAGAAGCUGCGCAAGCUGAUCCUCGAGGCCAAGCUCGCGCCCUGCUACCCGGGCGCCGACGACGCCGCGGCCGGCGGAGGGGACCUCGAGGAGUGCCCCAUCUGCUUCCUGUACUAUCCAAGCCUCAACCGUUCAAAAUGUUGCUCAAAGGGGAUAUGUACAGAGUGCUUUCUUCAAAUGAAACCAACUCAUAAUGCCCGACCUACACAAUGCCCAUUCUGCAAAACGCCCAAUUAUGCUGUGGAGUACCGUGGUGUGAAAACAAAGGAGGAAAGGAGCAUAGAGCAGUUUGAAGAGCAGAAAGUCAUAGAAGCACAGUUGAGGAUACGCCAGAAAGAAAUUCAAGAUGAAGAGGCUAAAAUGAAAAGAAAACAGAGCAGGUGUUCUUCUAGCAGGACUGUAACCCCAACUAAAGAAGUGGAGUAUCGAGAUAUUUGCAGCACAUCCUUUUCAGUGCCAUCAUAUCAGUGUUCUGACCAAGGAACUGAAUGCUGCUCAUCUGAACCUUCAUGCUCUAACCAGACUAGCAUGCGGCCUUUCCAUUCUAGGCAUAACCGCGAUGAUAACGUUGACAUGAAUCUGGAGGAUAUGAUGGUUAUGGAAGCGAUUUGGCGUUCCAUUCAGCAGGAACAAGGACAUCUAGUGAAUCCUGUUUGUGGCAGCUACUUUCCUGUAAUUGAGCCACAGACACGUGAAAGGCAGGCAUUCCUUCCAGCUGCUCCAAUGGAAAUGCCUCAUCCUGGUGGGUAUUCCUGUGCGGUUGCGGCUUUGGCUGAGCACCACGCACCCAGCAUGGAUUUCUCUUACAUGGCUGGCAGUAGCACAUUCCCAGUCUAUGACAUGAUCCGCCGACCAUGCAACAUCUCCGGUGGAAGCAUGUGCGCUGUCGAGAACAGUUCACUAGACACCUGGAGUGGGAUCGCACCAAGCUGCAGCAGAGAAGUUGUACGAGAGGAGGGGGAGUGCUCAACCGACCACUGGUCGGAGGGCGCGGAGGCAGGGACAAGCUAUGCCGGUUCGGACAUCAUGGCAGACGCAGGGACCAUGCAACCAUUGCCUUUCGCCGAGAACUUCGCCAUGGCUCCGAGCCACUUCCGUCCGGAUAGCAUCGAGGAGCAGAUGAUGUUCUCCAUGGCCGUGUCUCUAACAGAUGCUCAUCAUGGUAGGGCGCACGCGCAAGGGAUGGCAUGGUUGUAAGUUGUAACUCUAAUUUUGACGCUUCACUGCCUGCCCCUUUCAGUUGCGCUGCCAUUCGGCCUGCCCCCUCCAGCCUCUGCUUCUUUUUUGCCACCUCUUUUGGCAUCCUGUUCUUUUGUUUUUUUCUUUCUUUCUUUUUGCAUGUGUUGCUUCAUGGCUUGAUAUAGAUCUUGCUAUAGUCGUCCAUUGUCAUUGCUUAUAUGUAUGUAAAAUGGAAUAUGUGGAAAUAGAAAAAGAAAAUGGGUCAAAAGUUGUUUUGCCGGUA